AUGUGCUCCCUCCCCAUGGCAAGAUACUACAUAGUUAAGGAUGCGUAUCUGGAGGCUCUGUACAUGAGAGAUGGCCACUUCCUGGUGGGAGAUCCCGACGCAGACAACUGUCGUGCAGGAAUGAUCUGCAUACUCCCCAACAGAGGCCUGGGCCACACCAGUUUCCCCAUCUUCCUGGGGAUCCAGGGAGGCAGUCGUUGCCUGGCAUGUGUGGAGACAGGGGUGGGGCCUUCCCUGCAGCUGGAGGAUGUGAACAUCGAGGAUCUGUACAAGGGCGGUGACCAGGCCACCUGCUUCACCUUCUUCCAGAGAUGCUCGGACCCUGCCUUCAGGCUGGAGGCUGCUGCCUGACCUGGCUGGUUUCCCUGUGGCUCGGCUGAGCCCCAAGAGCCCAUACGACUCACCAAGGAGAGUGAGCCCUCAGCCUGCACUGAGCUCUACUUUGAACAGAGUCGGUAG